AUGCUGAGCGGGAUCAUCGAUGGGCUGACGGGGGAGAACAAGCAGGCGCGGCUCAAGGGCACGGUGGUGCUGAUGCGCAAGAACGUGCUCGGCCUCAACGACUUCGGCGCCACCGUCAUCGACAGCAUCAGCGAGUUCCUCGGCAAGGGGGUCACCUGCCAGCUCAUCAGCUCCACCCUCGUCGACGCCAACAACGGCAACCGCGGGCGGGUCGGCGCGGAGGCGAACCUGGAGCAGUGGCUGACGAGCCUGCCGUCGCUGACCACCGGCGAGUCCAAGUUCGGCGUGACGUUCGACUGGGAGGUGGAGAAGCUGGGCGUGCCGGGGGCGGUCAUCGUCAAGAACCACCACACCGCCGAGUUCUUCCUCAAGACCAUCACCCUCGACGACGUCACCGGCCGCGGCACCGUCACCUUCGUCGCCAACUCAUGGGUCUACCCCGUGGGCAAGUACCGCUACAACCGCGUCUUCUUCUCCAACGAUACGUACCUGCCGAGCCAGAUGCCGGCGGCGCUGAAGCCCUACCGCGACGACGAGCUCCGCAACCUCCGCGGCGACGACCAGCAGGGCCCCUACCAGGAGCACGACCGCGUGUACCGCUACGACGUCUACAACGACCUCGGCGAGCCUGACGGCGGCAACCCGCGCCCCAUCCUCGGCGGCUCCGCCGACCACCCCUACCCGCGCCGCUGCCGCACGGGCCGCAAGCCCACCAACACCGACCCCAACUCGGAGAGCCGGCUGUCGCUGGUGGAGCAGAUCUACGUGCCACGGGACGAGCGGUUCGGCCACCUCAAGAUGUCCGACUUCCUGGGCUACUCCAUCAAGGCGAUCACGCAGGGGAUCAUCCCGGCGGUGCGCACUUACGUGGACACCAGCCCCGGCGAGUUCGACUCCUUCCAGGACAUCAUCAACCUGUACGAGGGCGGGAUCAAGCUGCCCAAGAUCCAGGCGGUUCGGGACAUGCGCAAGCUCUUCCCGCUCCAGCUCGUCAAGGACCUCCUCCCCGCCGGCGGCGACUACCUGCUCAAGCUCCCCAUCCCUGAGAUCAUCAAAGAGGACAAGAGUGCGUGGAGGACCGACGAGGAGUUCGCGCGGGAGGUGCUCGCCGGCGUCAACCCGAUGGUGAUCACGCGCCUCACGGAGUUCCCGCCGAAGAGCACGCUGGAUCCCAGCAAGUACGGCGACCACACCAGCACGAUCACGGCGGAGCACAUCGAGAAGAACCUGGAGGGCCUCACGGUGCAGCAGGCGCUGGACGGCAACAGGCUCUACAUCCUGGACCACCACGACCGGUUCAUGCCGUUCCUGAUCGACGUCAACAACCUGGAGGGCAACUUCAUCUACGCCACCAGGACGCUCUUCUUCCUGCGCGGCGACGGCAGGCUAGCGCCGCUCGCCAUCGAGCUCAGCGAGCCGUACAUCGACGGAGGCCUCACCAAGGCCAAGAGCAAGGUCUACACUCCGGCGUCCAGCGGCGUCGACGCCUGGGUGUGGCAGCUCGCCAAGGCCUAUGUCGCCGUCAACGACUCCGGCUGGCACCAACUGAUCAGCCACUGGCUGAACACGCACGCGGUGAUGGAGCCGUUCGUGAUCGCGACGAACCGGCAGCUGAGCGUGACGCACCCGGUGCACAAGCUCCUGCACCCGCACUUCCGCGACACCAUGACCAUCAACGCGCUGGCGCGGCAGACACUCAUCAACGGCGGCGGCAUCUUCGAGAUGACCGUCUUCCCGGCCAAGUACGCGCUGGCCAUGUCCUCCGCGGUGUACAAGAGCUGGAACUUCACGGAGCAGGGCCUCCCCGCCGACCUCGUCAAGCGGGGCGUGGCGGUGGCGGACCCGUCGAGCCCCUACAAGGUGCGGCUGCUGAUCCAGGACUACCCGUACGCGAGCGACGGGCUGGCGAUCUGGCACGCCAUCGAGCAGUGGGUGGGCGAGUACCUGGCCAUCUACUACCCCGACGACGGCGCGCUGCGGGGCGACGAGGAGCUGCAGGCGUGGUGGAAGGAGGUGCGCGAGGUCGGGCACGGCGACCUCAAGGACGCGCCCUGGUGGCCCGAGAUGCAGGCUGUGUCGGAGCUCGCCAGCGCCUGCACCACCAUCAUCUGGAUCGCGUCGGCGCUGCACGCCGCCGUGAACUUCGGCCAGUACCCGUACGCGGGGUACCUCCCGAACCGCCCCACCGUGAGCCGGCGCCGGAUGCCGGAGCCGGGCAGCAAGGAGUACGAGGAGCUGGAGCGCGACCCGGAGCGCGGCUUCAUCCACACCAUCACGAGCCAGAUCCAGACCAUCAUCGGCAUCUCGCUCAUCGAGAUCCUCUCCAAGCACUCCUCCGACGAGGUGUACCUCGGGCAGCGCGACACCCCCGAGUGGACCUCCGACGCCCGGGCGCAGGCGGCGUUCAAGCGGUUCAGCGACGCGCUGGUCGAGAUCGAGGGCAAGGUGGUGGGCGAGAACCGUGACACACAGCUGAAGAACAGGAACGGGCCCGCCGAGUUCCCCUACAUGCUGCUGUACCCCAACACCUCUGACCACAGUGGCGCCGCCGCCGGGCUCACCGCCAAGGGCAUUCCCAACAGCAUCUCCAUCUGA